AUGACUGAAAUCAUCUCUAAAAAGAAAGCAUUGAUUUCUCUCACAUCGUAUAAUGAGGCCUUCUAUGGCGAUGGUAAAAAGACAGGGGUUUUCCUUGUCGAAGCAUUACACCCAUUUGUUGUUUUCCAAAGGUAUGGAUAUGAGGUGGAUUUUGUUUCGGAGAAUGGUAGUUUUGGAGUAGAUGAUUACGCAUUACUGCAAGAAUAUCUUAUACCCGAAGACUUGAAUACUCUCAAAGAUAGAAAUUCUCCAUUUAGGAAACAUUUAUUACAUGUUAAGAAACCAAUUGAGGUGUCUGCUCUGGAGUAUGAGAUAUUUCUUGCUUCUAGUGGACAUGGAUGUUUAUUUGAUUAUCCACAUUCCAAGGUUCAAAAACUCGCGGUUGAUAUAUACAACAAUGGUGGUAUUAUAGCUGCUAUAUCUCAUGGGAUUUCAAUAUUCGAUGGUUUCAUUGAUGUAUCUACUGGAGAAAAUGUGAUCAAAAAUAGAUCAGUUACAGGAUUUUCUGAUAUUGGAGAAAAAUUGUUACAAGUUGAUGAAAUUUUGAAAAAGAAAAAGUUAGCGACAAUUCCCGAAAUUUCAGUCAGGCUUGGUGCCAAGUAUUUGUCACCGUGUGGUCCAUUCGAUGAUUUCUCGCUUACCGAUGGAAGAAUUGUAACCGGUGCUAGCCCGGCUGCGUCGGUGUCUACCGCCUUAAGAGCAACAACUGCGAUUAAAGAAAUUAGGAUUAGACAGAGAGAGAAAAAUAAUACAUAA